CCACAGUUGAUUAUCCUUCGUUCAAUUAACCUGGACAAAAAACGUUCUAAGGCGGCAUAGGGCAAUAUAGUCUUUUAAUUAGAUAUGAAGGCACAAAUUAGCGAUCAAGAUAACACAAUUCACCACCAGUAACGAAAUUUUUCUAGAGCUAAAAGUUUUUCCUUUAGUGAGGGCGAAAGGAGCACAAAUGGGUUCUCUUAGCAAGUACUUUGCCAUUCUGCAUAAGAAGACAUGCCAAAAUAAAAGGUGGAGCCACUCUUGAGUACUUGACCAACCUUAUAAACAAAUAUUUCAUGCAGGAUUCACGGGAAGAAGUUAUUCAGGCAUGGUACAUGGAUGACAGCAACGAGGAUCAGAGACUUCCUCAUCAUAGGAACCCAAAGGAAUUUGUGUCCUUUGAAAAACUUGAUGAGCUUGGAGUACUUAGCUGGAGGUUAGAUGCUGACAACUAUGAAACAGAUCCAGAGCUGAAAAAAAUUCGCGAAGCUCGUGGAUAUUCUUACAUGGACUUUUGCGAAGUUUGUCCGGAAAAGCUUCCAAACUACGAGGAAAAGAUUAAGAACUUUUUUGAAGAACAUCUGCACACUGAUGAGGAAAUUCGGUAUUGUGUUGCAGGGAGUGGUUAUUUUGAUGUGCGUGAUCGUGAUGAGUCUUGGAUCCGCAUUUGGGUGAAGAAAGGGGCCAUGAUUGUCUUACCAGCUGGGAUUUAUCAUCGUUUUACACUUGAUUCAGACAAUUAUAUCAAGGCAAUGCGGCUGUUUGUUGGUGAGCCUGUAUGGACCCCAUAUAAUCGCCCUCAUGAUCAUCUUCCUGCUAGGAAACAAUAUGUUGAGACCUUUGUGGAGAAGGCUGAGGCUGGUCAAGCUGUUGAUUCUGCAGCUUGAGAAAAGUUUGCGUCUUUUUUGCAUGGAAAAUAAUUACCUGGGAACGUAUAAGCCUGUACGGACUUAUAAAAAUCAUUGUGUGAACUUUAUUUGAAGAGCCAUGUUGUGUGAUAUAUUAUGAGCUUGUCCUAAUAAUAAUCGACCCUAUGUUCUGAUUUUGUGAGACUUGCUUGACUAAGAUAUGUAUUUGGUCCAUAACUUGGUAUUGUAUACUAGUACAUGAUUUUCCUUUAAACCUGUGUUUUCUGCUUUUCGUCAUGACUGAGUUUUGCCAUCUUGUACAUCCCCACGUAGUUGCCUCAGGCAACCUGUCCCAAUAGCUUUGUUUAAUUUUGGUUUAAAAAUUGUUUUUUGAUUUUGGGGCAGCUGUUUUGGAAAUCUAUUGAUUGUGAUUACGCGAGUGAUCUAAUGAGCAGUAAUGUUGGUG